AUGGCGGCGAUGGAAUCGUAUCAGAAUCCGGAAGACUACUUGGUCGGCGAGACGGCUGGUACUACUGUCAAGUUUUUUGGCUCAAUCGUGCUUGGUAUCACGCUGUAUUUCUUGUCCGGGAUGACUUUAACGGCAACGCUGAUAGCACUGGUUGUGGUUACUCCGGUUGCGGUGUUGUUUAGUCCGAUACUGGUUCCGGCUGGCAUAUUGGUGUUUUUAGUCGGAGUGUGUUUUGUGUUGUCUGUGGUGGGUGCAAUAUGGGCGUUAUCGUUGUUGUUCAAGUACGCGUUGGAGCAAAAGAAUUGGACGCAGUUUAUAUUUGAUCUGGGGCAUAGUCUUUUGAGGAAGUACUUGAAGAUGAGAUUUGGGUGGAUUGGUUGGCUAUGGUCUUUGUGGGAGUGGAUUAAGUGGUUUCAUGAAAUUUAG